AUGCUGCAGGAUCACAGCGAGACCCACGGCAAGCACUCCCAGGACCUGGACGAGCGAAGGGCUGCCCACGCCUCUUUGGAGGAGCGAGUGGCGUACCUUGAGAAGGAGCUGGGGGACUCCGGCCUGGACGAGCGAAGGACUGCCCACGCCUCUUUGGAGGAACGACUGGUGGAGUUCCAAGGGCGCGUGGCAGAUGUCGAGGGCAGCUUGCGGGAGGACCUGAAGGACCUCCAGGACCUGCGAGCCUUUUACAGGCGGCAUUCCUCGCUGCCUGAGCGCGUGACCUGGCUGGAACAGGAGCACGCCAGCGCAGCAGAGCGUCGCGUGGCCGAGACGGUAAGCCUGAGGCGGCUCCACGAAGAGAUUCGCGGCAUGCACGAUGGUACCUGCCUGGAGGCCCGCGUGGGGGCGCUGGAGCGGAAAGAGGCUCAGAGCGUCCGGCAACUGGACCUGCUUGCGGACUGCCUGCAGAGGGAGCUCCGGGCCAAGUCCAGCCAGCUGCGCCGCCCGUCCAGCCCCGCGUCGCUCGCGCUGCCCGCGGGAGGCGACUCCCCCGAGGGCACGGUGCCAUCGCGCCCUUCGCCGGCGGCGCCGCCGAGCGAGCCCUCGGCGCGUGGCAUCUGGUGGGGCUGA